AUGUGGACAAGCUGGUCAGCUGCUGUUAGCUUAGCUGUUGCGGUGACGUAUGCGAGUCGUCCCGGCGCAGCGGUCGCCCAGAAUGCCUUCGACGCCAGAGCCCAGGCGAUUGUCGACAAGUUCACCGUUACGCAAGUGCUUGGACAGAUGACCCAAAUCGAAGUCAGCAAUGUCAUAAAUUCCACCACCAAGACGCUGAACGAGACCAGCGUCCGCGCCUACGCUCGACAGCACGUGGGGUCGUACUUCAGCUCGCUAUUUGCUGGACGUCAAGGAAGUGCCCCAUACGGGUGGAGCGCUACUGAGUUCCGUGCCUUGAUCAAGCGUAUUCAAGAGAUCACCAUGGAGGAGAAUGGUGGGCACCCGAUCUUGUACGGUCUGGAUUCGGUGCACGGUGCCAACUACGUCGAUGGAGCCGUCAUGUUUCCGCACCAAAUCAACAUGGGUGCAAGUUUCGAUCCCGAGCUCGUGUACGAGGCAGGACAAAUCGCUGCUCGCGACAUGCUAGCUGCCGGUAUUCCGUGGAUCCUCGGACCGAUUCUGGAGAUCUCGUACAAUCCGUUGUGGGCCCGCACGUACGAGACCUUCAGUGAGGACCCCUAUGUGGUGUCUGUGAUGGGUGAUGCUAUUAUUCGCGGUCUGCAGAGCUACAACCAAACGGCAGCCUGCAUGAAGCACUUUCUCGGAUCCUCCAGGACCGAGAGGGACCACGACCGUGACAGCACCCACAUCUCCGACUUCGACCUGCUCAACUACUACAUGCCGUCGUCAAAGCAGCUGUAG